GGAAGGUUGGCAAGCUGCAGGGCUUGCUCAGAAAGCCCUUGCUGCCAUUUCCUCUCUCUGGAGCAUGGCAGCAAGCAGAAGACUUGAAUCUGACCAUUGCUUUUGUUUUUGCAUUCACAGAGACUGUGAGAGAGUGUGGAAGGAGGUUUUAGCAUUGGCCGAACCAGAAAAGUUGAUCCAUCUCAUGGCCAAGCAGAUUUACCAAAGCCCCUUGGCGGAAUCUGCCACCCAAGUGCAACAUCUCACCAGCCUGUUGCACGCCAUCCUCAGGAUGGAGGACUACAAGGCAGCUGUGCGCCAGAACUUCCCACAGCUGCUGAUCGCUCUCCUGGGGAUGGUUAUGAACUUCCACUACGACCAGGAAUUCCUCGGAGGGGCUAAGGAAGUUCUGCACCUCCUUCUUGGCACCACUGGAGAGGAAGUAGAGACGGCCAUCGUUGACCAACUUUUCUGCCGGGAGAAUUUCAGCCAGGGGUUGUCUGCCAUGGUGAGAGCUAUCGGAAAGCGACGCUGGUGGAUCCCUCCCAUGGCGGAAAAUAUCACCGCUGCUCUCAAGGACAAGGCAUUUGCUGGAAUGCCACAAGUUGCGGCAGCUAUCUACAUCGAGCUGCUCAGCUGCCAUCUGCUUCCCUGUGAGGAUACACUGGAGCAGCUCUUCAACUGGCUGGAACAUGACUACCUGCAAGUCCGGAAGCUCAGCAUCAGAGGGAUAUCCCUGCUUCUGGACUCUGACAUGGAUCCUUCGCUUCUGCGGCUCUUGCUGCUGGAUUCCCUCCUUGAUGCAAAAGCCGAUGUCCUCCCAGAGUUGAUAGAGCUGGUACACCGAGCCUACCUCUCCGGGGACCUGGGAGAGAAAGAGCUGAAGAUGCUGGCGGCAACUUACUGCGGUCUGGUUGCCCAUGAGGAAGACUCCGUCCGGGCAUCAGCCAUCCAACAUCUGGGGCUGCUUCGAGGCUGGGUGAGAGACCAAAGGCUUCCCAUAACAUCAACAGAAGAAGAAGCCAUUAAUGAACUGGUUGUCGUCCUCAUUCACCUCGAAGACGAGGAUGAGGUGGCCAAGGCCGCAAGGAGGGCUCUUUCCCAUCUAGCCCCAGAAGUCAAGUGGUGGGCUCAUCCCAACAAAUUUAGCCUCCACUUUGCUCUCCACCAGGCUGCCAAGCAUCUGAGCAAGACCUUCAGCGAGGACAUCCUUCGGAGUGUUGCCUUGUUAUGUACGAAGCUGUCUGCAAACAGGCUGCCAGCAGUCUCCAGGAUGGCAGCUCUGCUUCUGGGUCAUCUGGCUUUCCAGGAUGCCGGUUUCAUCCAUAAUCAAGACAUGGCAUCCUAUGACACAUGGCUGGAAGAGAUGCAGCAGCACGAGGAAGAAGGGCUCAGGCAGACAGGGAGGAGCUGCCUGAACAUCAUGCAGCGGGCCUAUAGACAUCGGGAGGAAGGAAGGGUCCAGCGCUGUUUGAGGAGGAUGCUCCACUGCGUUCACAGGGAACCUUACCCACAGGACUUCCUGAGCUGCAUGCCAGAACAUCCGGAGUAGCGCCAGGCCAAGGCAACGCGGACACCAGAGUUGUGCUGCAGAGAUACCAUCUUCUGCUCUCCGCAGGAUCCAGUCUGGACCAGCGCCAGGAACAUCACCGCCAUCAGGAUCGACCAAGAGGAGUGGUGCUGCCCUCACGACCCUCCGUACACAGUGGUCAAGAUGCACAUCAGGGUUAACAUCAACUUCAUCGUGAUCAAGGAACUCCAUGGGUUCAAGGAGACCAAGGAUAUCAACAACUCCUCUUUCUGUGCUGAGGUCCCUACAGGUCUGAUACUCAUCACAAGCCACUAUCAAGUCAUCAACGUACUGAAGAAGCACC